GAACUAUGCAAGUAGCACCAGAAUUCCUCUCCCUGGUGACGGACCAGCUAUUCAGUCAAACAGUUCAGCACCAUCCAAGCAAACUGUUCUAUCUUGGCAAGCUGCAAUUGAUGCUGCUAGACAAGCAAAGGCUGCCCAAAAUAUGAGUACCACCACAGCCCAGCCUGUAGGAUCUCUGUCCCAAAGAAAACGCCAGCAAUAUGCCAAGAGCAAAAAACAGGGUAAUACGUCUAAUAGUCGGCCACCCCGUGCACUUUUCUGUUUAUCCCUCAACAACCCAAUACGAAGAGCCUGCAUUAGUCUAGUAGAAUGGAAACCAUUUGACAUAUUUAUACUACUGUCUAUUUUUGCCAAUUGUGUGGCCUUAGCUGUUUACAUCCCAUUCCCAGAAGAUGAUUCUAAUUCAACUAAUCACAAUUUGGAAAAAGUAGAAUAUGCCUUCCUGAUAAUUUUUACAGUUGAAACAUUUUUGAAGAUUAUAGCAUAUGGAUUAUUAUUACACCCCAAUGCAUAUGUUAGAAAUGGAUGGAAUUUACUGGAUUUUGUAAUAGUAAUAGUAGGAUUAUUUAGUGUAAUAUUGGAACAAUUAACCAAAGAAACAGAAGGUGGCAGCCACUCAGGUGGAAAACCUGGUGGCUUUGAUGUCAAAGCCCUAAGAGCCUUUCGUGUAUUGCGACCUCUCCGGCUUGUAUCAGGAGUGCCCAGUUUACAAGUUGUCCUGAACUCCAUUAUAAAAGCCAUGGUCCCCCUCCUUCAUAUUGCCCUUUUGGUAUUGUUUGUAAUCAUAAUCUAUGCUAUUAUAGGAUUGGAACUUUUUAUUGGAAAAAUGCACAAAUCUUGUUUUCUAAUUGAUUCAGAUAUACUAGUUGAAGAAGAUCCAGCACCUUGUGCAUUCUCAGGGAAUGGACGUCAGUGUGUCAUGAAUGGCACUGAAUGUAAGGGUGGAUGGGUUGGACCAAAUGGAGGCAUAACCAACUUUGAUAAUUUUGCAUUUGCAAUGUUGACUGUGUUCCAGUGUAUAACCAUGGAAGGGUGGACUGAUGUAUUAUACUGGGUAAAUGAUGCAAUAGGAUGUGAAUGGCCAUGGAUCUAUUUUGUUAGUCUUAUCAUCCUUGGCUCAUUUUUCGUACUUAACCUGGUUCUUGGUGUACUUAGUGGAGAGUUUUCCAAGGAAAGAGAAAAAGCUAAGGCCCGAGGGGACUUUCAGAAGCUACGUGAAAAACAGCAGCUUGAAGAAGAUCUGAAGGGAUAUUUAGACUGGAUUACACAGGCAGAAGACAUUGACCCUGAGAAUGAUGAAGAGGUUGAUGAAGAAGGCAAGCGGAACAGUACAAUUAGGGAAAUUUUGGGGCUCAUGGAUUUGGUUGGGUUUAUUCGACGCUGGCGUCGCUGGAAUCGAUUUAAUCGAAGAAAGUGUAGAGCUGCAGUAAAAUCUGUCACAUUUUAUUGGCUUGUUAUUGUCUUGGUCUUUCUGAACACAUUAACUAUCUCAUCGGAGCAUUAUAAUCAACCUGACUGGCUGACCCAGAUCCAAGAUAUCGCAAAUAAAGUUCUUCUGGCUUUAUUCACCUGUGAAAUGUUAGUAAAGAUGUACAGCUUGGGCUUACAGGCUUACUUUGUUUCUCUUUUUAACCGCUUUGAUUGCUUCGUUGUUUGUGGUGGCAUUGUUGAAACCAUUUUGGUGGAGUUGGAAAUUAUGUCACCCCUUGGAAUUUCAGUGUUUCGCUGUGUUCGUCUCCUGCGUAUUUUUAAAGUAACAAGGCACUGGGCAUCCCUGAGCAACUUGGUAGCAUCCUUGUUAAACUCAAUGAAGUCCAUUGCUUCACUGUUGCUUCUGCUUUUCCUCUUCAUCAUAAUCUUCUCGUUGCUUGGAAUGCAGCUGUUUGGAGGCAAAUUUAAUUUUGAUGAAACUCAAACAAAACGGAGCACCUUCGAUAAUUUUCCACAAGCUCUCUUAACUGUAUUCCAGAUUCUAACAGGUGAAGACUGGAAUGCUGUUAUGUACGAUGGCAUAAUGGCGUAUGGUGGCCCAUCAUCAUCAGGCAUGAUAGUCUGUAUAUAUUUCAUUAUCCUCUUCAUCUGUGGUAACUAUAUCUUGUUAAAUGUCUUCUUGGCCAUUGCUGUGGAUAACUUGGCAGAUGCUGAAAGUCUAAAUACAGCUCAGAAAGAAGAAGCUGAAGAAAAGGAAAGGAAAAAGAAUGCGAGAAAAGAGAGUCUGGAAAAUAAAAAAAGUGAGAAGUCAGAAGGUGACCAAAAGAAGUCCAAGGAUAGUAAGGUGACAAUUGCUGAAUAUGGAGAAGGAGAGGAUGAGGAUAAAGAUCCCUAUCCAGCCUGUGAUGUACCAGUAGGUGAAGAUGAAGAAGAUGAGGAGGAUGAACCAGAGGUACCAGCAGGCCCACGUCCCCGUAGAAUAUCGGAACUAAAUAUGAAGGAGAAGAUAACACCAAUCCCUGAAGGGAGUGCCUUCUUCAUUUUCAGCAGCACCAAUCCAAUUCGAGUGGGAUGCCACAGACUCAUCAAUCACCACAUCUUCACCAAUCUCAUCCUUGUCUUCAUCAUGCUGAGCAGUGUUUCCCUAGCAGCAGAAGAUCCAAUUCGCAGCCACUCUUUUCGAAAUAAUAUACUUGGUUACUUUGACUAUGCUUUCACAGCCAUCUUUACUGUUGAAAUCCUGUUAAAGAUGACAGCUUUCGGAGCGUUCCUUCAUAAAGGGUCCUUCUGCAGGAAUUAUUUUAAUUUGCUGGAUUUGCUGGUUGUGGGUGUUUCUCUGGUAUCAUUUGGUAUUCAAUCAAGUGCUAUCUCAGUUGUGAAGAUCCUCAGAGUUUUAAGAGUCUUGAGGCCUCUAAGGGCAAUAAACAGAGCAAAAGGACUUAAGCAUGUUGUUCAAUGUGUCUUUGUGGCUAUUAGAACUAUUGGUAAUAUCAUGAUUGUUACAACUCUGCUGCAGUUCAUGUUUGCUUGUAUUGGAGUGCAGCUGUUCAAGGUAAAGUGAGAAACUGUUUUGAAUAGAGCAUUGAGUAACUCUGAGGCUAAUGUAAUAUUUCACUAAUGGCAUUUGUCUCUUUCCCACAGAGGGAUAUACAUCGUUUAUAAAGAUGGAGAUGUUGAUAAUCCAAUGGUCAAAGAGAGGGUCUGGCAAAAUAGUGAUUUCAACUUUGAUAAUGUUCUGUCUGCUAUGAUGGCCCUUUUUACAGUAUCCACUUUUGAAGGCUGGCCAGCGCUGCUAUACAAAGCUAUUGAUUCAAAUGGCGAGAAUGUAGGACCUGUAUACAACUAUAGAGUGGAGAUCUCCAUUUUUUUCAUCAUCUAUAUCAUCAUUAUUGCUUUCUUUAUGAUGAACAUAUUUGUUGGUUUUGUGAUUGUUACAUUCCAAGAACAGGGAGAACAAGAGUAUAAGAACUGUGAGCUGGACAAAAAUCAGCGUCAGUGUGUAGAAUAUGCUUUGAAGGCACGUCCUCUUCGUAGAUAUAUUCCAAAAAAUCCUUAUCAGUACAAGUUCUGGUAUGUGGUGAAUUCUACUGGAUUUGAAUACAUCAUGUUUGUCCUCAUCAUGCUGAACACACUUUGCUUGGCUAUGCAGCACUAUGGACAGUCUAAGCUCUUUAAUGAUGCAAUGGACAUUAUGAAUAUGGUUUUCACAGGAGUGUUCACUGUUGAAAUGGUUUUGAAACUGAUUGCAUUCAAACCCAAGGGCUAUUUUAGUGAUGCCUGGAAUACGUUUGACUCCCUCAUCGUUAUUGGCAGCAUAGUAGACGUCGUUCUCAGUGAAGCUGAUAACUCUGAAGACAGCGCUAGAAUCUCCAUCACGUUUUUCCGUCUCUUCCGGGUGAUGAGACUGGUGAAGCUGCUUAGCAGAGGAGAAGGAAUCAGAACUUUACUGUGGACGUUUAUUAAGUCAUUUCAGGCUCUGCCUUAUGUUGCCCUUCUGAUAGCCAUGCUGUUCUUCAUCUAUGCUGUCAUUGGAAUGCAGGUGUUUGGAAAAGUGGCCAUGAGGGACAACAAUCAAAUAAACAGAAACAACAAUUUUCAGACCUUCCCCCAAGCUGUGCUCCUUCUCUUCAGGUGUGCAACUGGAGAAGCCUGGCAGGAAAUCAUGCUGGCAUGUUUGCCUGGAAAACGCUGUGAUCCAGAAUCUGAUUAUAAUCCAGGGGAAGAAUACACAUGUGGAAGCAAUUUUGCCAUCAUUUAUUUUAUCAGUUUUUACAUGCUUUGUGCAUUUUUGAUUAUAAACUUAUUUGUGGCUGUCAUUAUGGAUAAUUUUGACUAUUUGACACGUGACUGGUCUAUUCUGGGUCCCCAUCAUUUGGAUGAGUUCAAAAGGAUAUGGUCAGAAUAUGACCCUGAAGCGAAGGGAAGGAUAAAACAUCUCGAUGUGGUUACAUUACUGAGACGCAUUCAGCCACCACUUGGUUUUGGCAAAUUAUGCCCUCACAGAGUGGCCUGCAAGAGGUUAGUAGCCAUGAAUAUGCCACUGAACAGUGAUGGAACUGUCAUGUUCAAUGCUACUUUGUUUGCUUUGGUUAGGACUGCUUUAAAGAUAAAAACAGAAGGUAAUCUAGAGCAAGCAAAUGAAGAACUUAGAGCGGUUAUAAAGAAAAUAUGGAAGAAAACAAGCAUGAAAUUACUUGACCAAGUUGUCCCUCCAGCUGGCGAUGAUGAGGUAACCGUGGGGAAGUUCUAUGCCACCUUCCUGAUACAGGACUACUUUAGGAAAUUCAAGAAACGCAAAGAACAAGGACUGGUGGGGAAAUAUCCUGCGAAGAAUACCACGAUUGCUCUGCAGGCAGGACUAAGGACACUUCAUGAUAUUGGCCCUGAAAUACGCCGAGCUAUAUCCUGUGACUUGCAAGAUGAUGAACCAGAGGAAAACAAUCCAGAGGAGGAGGAAGAUGUUUAUAAAAGGAAUGGUGCCCUCUUUGGCAACCACAUAAACCACAUUAGCAGUGACAGACGAGAUUCGUUUCAACAGAUCAACACCACACACCGUCCCUUACAUGUUCAGCGGCCUUCAAUUCCAUCUGCAACUGAUACCGAGAAAAAUAUAUAUCCUCAUGCAGGAAAUUCUGUAUACCACAAUCAUCGUCAUCACAACUCAGUAGGAAAGCAAGUUCCAAACUCAACAAAUGCCAAUCUCAAUAAUGCCAACGUGUCCAAAGUUGUUCAUGGAAAACACACAAAUUUUGGAAAUCGUGAGCAUAGAUCUGAAAAUGGUUACCAUUCAUACUCCAGAACUGAUCACGAGAAGCGUAGAAGGCCAAGCAGUAGGAGAACCCGCUACUAUGAAACAUAUAUUAGAUCUGACUCUGGUGAUGGGCGUCGACCUACUAUUUGCCGUGAAGAACGUGAAGUUCAAGACUAUUGCAAUGAUGAUCGUUAUUUAGGAGAGCAGGAAUAUUUUAGUGGAGAAGAAUAUUAUGAGGAAGACAGUAUGUUGUCAGGAAGCAGGCAUGUAUAUGAUUACCACUGUAGAUAUCACUGCCAUGACUCAGACUUUGAGAGACCAAAAGGUUACCAUCACCCACAUGGGUUUUUUGAGGAAGACGAUUCACAGAUCUGUUAUGAUACAAAAAGAUCUCCUAGGAGACGGCUGCUACCUCCAACACCAACACCAAACAGACGAUCUUCCUUUAACUUCGAAUGCCUCCGCCGACAAAGCAGUCAAGAUGACAUACCGCUCUCUCCUAAUUUCCACCAUCGCACUGCUUUACCGCUUCACUUAAUGCAACAGCAGGUCAUGGCUGUUGCAGGUCUGGAUUCCAGCAAAGCUCAUAAACAUUCACCAAGUCGUUCAACGCGUUCCUGGGCUACCCCACCUGCAACCCCUCCCCACAGGGACCGCACUCCCUAUUACACACCUCUAAUCCAAGUUGAUAGGGCUGAAUCUACAGAGCAUAUGAACGGUAGCCUGCCUUCCUUGCAUAGGAGCUCUUGGUACACAGAUGACCCUGAUAUUUCCUACCGAACAUUCACACCAGCCAAUUUAACAGUACCUAAUGACUUUAGGUAUAAACAUAGUGACAAACAGAGGAGUGCCGACAGUUUGGUAGAAGCGGUACUUAUAUCUGAAGGCCUAGGAAGGUAUGCGAAGGACCCUAAAUUUGUUUCAGCUACAAAACACGAAAUUGCUGAUGCAUGUGACAUGACUAUUGAUGAGAUGGAAAGUGCAGCAAGUAACCUUCUCAAUGGAAGUAUCAGCAAUGGGACCAAUGGGGAUAUGUUUCCCAUUUUAAGCAGACAAGAUUAUGAACUUCAAGAUUUUGGUCCUGGCUACAGUGAUGAAGAACCAGAAACGGGACGAUAUGAAGAAGACUUAGCUGACGAAAUGAUAUGCAUUACAAGCUUAUAGUAUUUAGCAAGGAAAAUUAUUCUAAUAACAGAAAAAGUGCCUCAUAGUUUAAAGAUGCUAGGCACUAGCUGGAGUGAAUAACCAAUCAAGUUUUGUAAAGUGAUGUCACACCUCAAGGAAGCCAUAACUAAUAAAUUUAUUAUCUCCAGGUUGCCGAAAUGCGGCCAGAGCCGCAGUACAUCAAGUCUCCCCCCACAGAAUCUUCAGUUCCUCUGUGGGAGUAAGGUUAUUUUGAAACCAAGCAGAUUGUGACAAUCAGUUUUUUGAGGGCUAGAGCAGGAUUCUGAGGUGUAAUAUCUUGCCUGUCUUUCAACCUUGUGCUGCUGUCCUUCAUAGUAGAGCAGGAUUUUGUCACUGAAAAUGUCUGUAUAAGUCAGCACAAAAUUGUGUGGGAAAUAGCAACAUGAGACAAGUGAUGACAACCAAUAAUGUCAUUACCUCAGUACUCAAUAGCAUAUCAGCCAGCUGUUGCAUAUCCAUUCUAACAUUGUUUUCAAACUUGCUUCCUGAAUUCUUAAUGCUCUUCUAAAGUACAGUUUGUCAUGCUCUACUUGUUAGAGAUGGUUGGGAAAAGAAGUUAUAUAAAGAAUAUUCUGUCAUAUGUAACACCAGUUUACAUAGGAAAAUAUCAUUCUGAUAGUCUGUUUUAUGACUAUCACGUUAAGGGCAAAAUAUACUGGAAUAAUUGCAUUCUUACUAAUGCACUUGCAACCAGGUUAUAGUAGAAUUAGAUAAGAUAGUUUGCUAAAAAUUAUAUAGUAGAAAUUAUUGUAAAUGAAUUGUAAUAUACAAUGAUUUGUAUUUGUAAAGAGAUGUUCUAUAUUUUGUAAUUAUUGUACCGUAAUUGAACUGCAGCAAUAUUUAUGGACCCUAAUUAUUGUAACUCUCCACAGAAUUCUAGAUAGAAGUAUUUUUACUUGGAAUAUAUAGAUCUAUAGCAUAAAUAUUUAAAUAGAGCCACCUCAGUGUAAAUCUCUUUUUGGGAUAAAGUGUCAAGUUUGACUUGGCAACAGAACAGGUUUUUUUUUUAAAUAAUUGAGUCAAAUCUCUCUGCAUAAGGGAUGCACAGUUGACUAGUUACAGUCUUAUACUUGGAAAGGUAGAAGACUUAAAGUUAUUUUAACUUUUUUGAUGAAAAAAUAAGCUCUAAUUUUAUUUUUGUAUUAAUCCCAUGCAAAAAAUAAAUAUUAAAAUCAUUAAAAAUUGGCAAGGUCAUGCCAGGAUAUUACUGGUCAUGAGACAAUUAGUUUUGAGAGAGUGUAUUACCUAUAUACCCUACUUUGAUAGGAAGCAUCUUGGGCAGAAAAUAUUUCACAGAUAAAUGAAAUCAGUACCACUUACUCUGCUUGGAAAGAAAGGAAAUAUGAUAAAUGAUUCUUCACAGAACCAAAACCCUUGAUAUAAGAAGUAUGCUGUUUUAUUGCCUCUACCUUUCUGUUGUUCUACGUGUACUAUUUCAAAGAUUUAUUUUUAUGCAACCAAGAGAGGGCUUAGAUAUUGUUCACAAUGCAGUGAAACCCUGAAAUGACUUUGAGGCUCAAAUGACCUUGGAGGAAAAUCAAAAACCACUGAAAGCUACCGUCUAUUUUGUUAGCACUGGAUAACAGCAACUUGUCUACCAAGUUAUCUUAUCAGGUUUUACCUGUAGUUCAUAUGCUAGAUAGCAAUCCAGUUCACAUUUUUACAAAUGUGAUGUUUAAAACAUGUCAAUAAACAUUUUGUACAUAAAGACAGUUUCCUAUGAAUAGCUUACAGACUUCCUCUGAAAUCAUUCUUAUUUCAAAUGCCAGGAUAAGAACUUAAAGGUUUGUAAAUUAUUUCUUGACCUACAUCAUUUUGUAUUAAAACAAAUGCAAAAUGUUCUUCAAAAUAAAACUGUGUAAUAAUUUUAUUAUA